AUGAACACAGACGACUCCGUCCGCGGUCACCUCCGCCGCCUGUUCGGUCUACCUUCGAAACUCGAGGCGACAAAAUCCGCCGUAUUGGACGCCCAGCAAAACCACGGCGAACGCGUCGGAAACUGGCGAUGUCUUUGCGGGCAUCUAAAUACAAUACUGCAUCUCGCCGGAAAAAGCACUCACCCCCUGGGCCUCCUCCAAUGCCGUGGCUGUCCACUGAUCUGGCACUCAAACAUCACGCCUACAUUCACAACCCAAAGCCUAGACAUCACGUCUCAAACCAUCGUGUCCAACGCCGCUGCCGACACUCGCAUCGUUGCUCGACCCCGGAACCCCGCAUCGCAACACAUCUACAUUUGUCUCGGCCACGGCUGCGGCCUAAGCUGGCGAACAGACGUCAAAAGGGAGUGGUUGAGCGGAAACAAGCGGCAUAUAUUGCUACUUGGUGGAAAGCGUGGAAAGUUGCAUUGUGAUUGCGGGAUGAAGAUUUUCGAGCCUGGGGUAUAUGGAAUCUUUGAGAUUGAGAGGCGGUUUGAUGACAGGCUUGCUGCUUCGGCGGCUUCGGGAGGGGUUGGGGAAGAAAAGCGCCGUGAAGACCAAUAG